AUGACAAGACUCAGUGGAAGACUCCUUAUGCAUUUAACCCAAAUCACUUUUUGGAUGCUAAGCGGAAGUUUGUAA